UCGCAACCAUUCCAAUUUCGAAUCUCAGCGCGGUCCCACCGGUUCGCGGGAGACGCACCCGUUUGCGCGCGAAAAGUGACAGAACGUUUUGUUUUUAAUUUUAUACUUUUUAAAUAGACAAAAUGGCUGUUACUAGUGCCAGGAGCAUUGUGAACUUGAAGAAGACCCACUUCGAACGUGAAAAUGCUAAGAUUGAUAAAUAUACGCUCGCGGACGAGCUCCCGGCGCAGCUGUCGGAGCUGUCCCUGCGUCCGCGCAUCGCGCCGGAGAUGCCCCCCAAACUCGCCUACACGCUGCGCAAACUCACCACAGAUGACACGGAGCUCACGCUGGCCUUCCUGAGACGGUUCUUCUUCCGCGAUGAGCCCAUGAACCAAGCUGUCAAGCUACUAGAGACCCCGGAGUCCCGUUGCCCAGACUUGGAAGAGUAUUCAGCUUCGUCGUUGUCUUAUGGAGUGUCCAUUGGAGCCUUUGACGACCUUGGCGAAAUGGUUGGUGUGAUAUUGAACGGCAUCGUUACGCGAGAGGAAGCAGACUACACGGACAAAUCCGAAGACUGUCCGAACCCGAAGUUCCGGCGGAUACUCAAAGUGCUAGGGCACCUGGACCGCGAGGCGAGGAUCUGGGAGAAGGUACCCGAGGACUGCCACAAGGUGGUGGAGCUCAGGGUGGCCUCCACGCACUCGGCUUGGCGGGGUCAGGGCCUUAUGAGAAUACUUUGCGAGGAGACAGAGCGAGUAGCCCGGGCGGUCGGCGCAGGCGCUCUCCGCAUGGACACCACUUCAGUCUACUCCGCUGCCGCUGCCGAGCGCCUUAACUUCCGCAAAGUGUACUCGGUCGCGUAUGCAGACCUGCCCUACGCCCCUCAACCAGACGCCCCGCAUCUGGAGGCUCGAGUUUACAUCAAGAACUUGUGAAGUGAUUUUUCGGGAAGAUUGGCAACACGGAAGUUACCCAAGAAUGUAAUUUAGCUUUAGGACAACAAACGCAAGAAUAGUGUGUAAGGUGCACAAACAUUUAGAAACUAGCAAGUUACCUAAAAUCGCAGGGAUUAGAAAGGAACUAGAAUAGUAGAACGUAGAUCGUAAAGAGCAAAGACAUGUCGAUUUGGUCUUAAAAUGUAGACCCUAAGAAGUUUGAUUGUGAAGAGCUGGCUCUUUAACUUCUCAAAAGUUAAAAUGUUCUUAUUUGUACCUGACAAUUGUUUUCAUGAUAUUAAUAUCAUACACUUUAGACGUAGACGUCUAAAAUGUUGACAAACAUAUAAUGUACUAAGAUUAAGAACAAAUAAAACAGUAACUUUACUAUCACUCCUUGGAGAAUACAAGUCAACGGGCUAUAGGAGAUACACUUGAAAUCAAUCAAAACGGGGCACUUAAUGUGAAAAUUUCAAGCAAAGUGAUCAACAAAUUUGAAUUAGCAAUCCACAGUUAGGUGACAACCAAACAACUCCGAGUUUAGAGCCAUUAUAAAGCGUACCCGGUACCUAUUGUAAUAAAAAAAGAAAGUUGAUUUUUGAUAUAAUUUUUUCAAUUGAGUUUAGGUUGUACCUAAAAACCAAAAUUCAAUUCAAAAUUCAGCGAAAUUCGACAUUUGUGCAUCUGAUAUAAGGCCCCGUAAUGAUUGCUUUUGCGUGUAGAUGGUGAAAAUAUGUCUAAAUGGAUGUGCAAUGUGAAUUUCAUUGGCUAGUCAAGUUAAUUAAUUUAUUUCAGGUACGUAUACAUUUCGAAAAUUUAAAACGAGUAUUAUUCUGUUGCAAUCGAUCAAAUGAAAAAUUAAACUGUGAUUUUUGUGAUCGGUAAUAGGUGCGUAAUAGACAAUAUAGACAUUCAAUUUAAGAAGUAUUUGACUCUUCUUGAGGCUAAUAAUUCUUAAGGUUUUUCAGAUGAUUGGAUGGUCAUGAUUAAUUAUUUAAUAUUCAACAAUCUGCAAAUAUUUAAGAUUAAUGAUAAGUUUUAUUUAAGUGAUAAUUUAGUAGUUCCUUUUAGACAGUAAGCGAGCAUAGCGCUUGCAGCGCCAAAAUAAAGAUUUAGGAAGAGCCUCAUUAAGGCACCACCUAACAAACGGCGCAAUUCGAACUUUAAGAUACGUCAAACAUUAUAAAGAUAAGUUUCAAAACAGUUUCUUUAAACAAAAACGUCACUUUUGACACUGACAUAUUUUAUCCAUAUCGUAUCUACGGAAGGUGGAGGUAAGGAAUGAAAUCUCCAUGUACCAAAAAGUGUCAUCAAAAAACCUUAAAUAGGUGGCGCUACAAUACCUAGAGUACUUGAACAAAAAAAAUCUAAUCAUAGACAGCGCACUCCACUCCGUCAAUAACGCCUAGGUUCUUAGCUACUCUAGCGCUACUCUGGAAAGAUUUCGAACUAUUAUUUAUAGCUGACAGGUGGACACUUUUGCAACAGUUCUACCAUAAAAGAUUUUACUCCUUUUAAUCCACACUCCAUAAUCGUAUCUUAAAUUUUUGACGUAUAUUAAAGUUAAUCAUUGUAAACUAUUUUUUUU